AAUCCUUAUCUAGAUGGGAUCAUGAGGGUCCCAUCCCAGCCGUAGAAACAAGGUGCCAUCCUUCUCUAUAAAUAUAUUAUUCCACCUGAGCAAGUCGUCACUGAAAUAUUUUAAUUUUAUUUCACCCACCGGAAAAUGUUGUUCUGCAAGGAGGACAAAGAGCUGGGUCGGCGGCAGGCCAUGGGGAGGUGCCCGUUGUGCGGCGGCAAAGUUGAGGCAGUGGACGUGGAGAGGAAAUGGAGGCUCUGUUUAGCUCCACUCUGUUUCAAAAUCAAGAGGAAAUAUUACUGUCUUAUGUGUGGCCGUCGUUUGGAAUUGUAUUAUUAAUCUUCUUCUUUUUCUUGUUUUCUUUUGUGUUCUUAGAUUGAAUGAGUUAUAUGACUAAGGGUUUCUGGGUUUCUUUUUCCUUUUGUUGGUGUAAAUGGUUUUAUGGAGUUUGAUUGCUUAUGAAUGUUUUCAGGGAGGGAGGGGGAGAGAUUUGUAUUAUCUCUGUGGGUUUUAGAGGAGUUAAGUUCCGAUUAAGUGGAGGUUGUUCGUAAGUUUAAGAGAAUUAAAGAGGUAUCGAGGGAGGUUUUAUGGUGUAGUUCAAAAAGAGGAGCCUGAGUAGCCUCAGGUUAGCUAAUGAAGGAUGAACGUUAUCUUCAUUCAAAUAAGGUCAAGUAACUUUACGAGAGCUUAGCUUAAAGUAGAUAAUAUUAUAUUAUAAGGGUAGUUGAUUUUA